AGCUCUGUGACGGCUCCUGCGCAACGCCCCGCCCCCUUUCACCUCCACCGACCAAUCAGCGCUGAGACGGUUGAGAAAACAAAGCGUGUGAUUGGAGGAUCGGGCGGCAGACUGGGGUUUCCAGGCGCCCCCUCCUGCGAUGCAGAAGAGGGCGGUGAAUGUCGGCGGGGGGGGGGGGGGGCGCCUGGAAACUGUCCCGGGCAGAGUGAUGAGCGCGGCCCCGCGGACAGACUGAGGAGAGCGGAUAUAAGUGAUGGUUCAGGGACACGCGGAACUUCAGUGAGGCGUGUGAGGAGACCCGGACCCUCCACACCGGACACCCCCACUCCUCACACACUUUAAAUCUGCCGCUUUUUACUUGAACAGACGUGUUUUAAUCCACUGACUCUCAAAGACUGGACCAUGAACAAACUCACUUUCCCUCCUUUUUCCUGGAGAGUUGUGGAGUAGUGAAGGAAUGCGGCAUUAAAGGGCUCCUUACACGGAUUUGUGCCUCUGGAAACAGGCUCUCAGCUGGUUUUUGAACUGCUCCUCAGCGGGAUCCAGUUCCUCAGGGGUGGUGUUGGCUGUCAUGGCGGUGGGGAGAGGCCGGCGGGGGGUGUGGGUGACGGGCUGCUCUCUGGUCUUUGCGCUCCUCCUCCAGUCCUGCAGCAGUCAGUAUGAGAGGGGGGUUUCCCUCCCAGAGCACGGCUUCUGUCAGCCGGUCUCCAUCCCGCUCUGCACCGACAUCGCCUACAACCAGACCAUCAUGCCCAACCUGCUGGGACACACCAACCAGGAGGACGCUGGGCUGGAAGUCCACCAGUUCUACCCACUGGUGAAAGUCCAGUGCUCCGUGGACCUGAAGUUCUUCCUGUGCUCCAUGUACGCUCCGGUCUGCACGGUUCUGGAGCAGGCCAUCCCGCCAUGCCGGUCACUGUGUGAACGGGCACGCCAGGGCUGCGAGGCGCUCAUGAAUAAAUUUGGCUUCCAGUGGCCGGAGAGGCUGCGUUGCGAGAACUUCCCGGUCCAUGGAUCAGGAGAUAUCUGCGUGGGUCAGAACACAACCGACGUCGACAGAUCCGUGUCCGGCCCGACCCCCGGCUCGCCUGAGCUCGUGACCCUGCCGCCGUAUGUCCGGCCCCACCAGCCCUUCUCCUGCCCCCUGCAGCUCCAGGUGCCCACCUACCUCAGCUACCAGUUCUUGGGGGUGAAGGACUGCGGCGCCCCCUGCGAGGUCUCCAAGCCCAAUGGACUGAUGUAUUUCCGUGAGGAGGAGUUAAAGUUCGGUCGGCUCUGGGUCGGCGUCUGGUCCGUCCUGUGCUGUGUGAGCACCCUCUUCACUGUGCUCACGUAUCUGGUGGACAUGAGGCGGUUUCGGUACCCGGAGAGACCGAUCAUCUUCCUGUCCGGCUGCUACUUCAUGGUGGCGCUGGCCUACACCACGGGCUUCCUGUUGGAGGACAAAGUCGUGUGUAUCGAUAAGUUGAAGGUGGACGGCUACAAGAUGGUGGCCCAGGGCACCAAGAAAGAAGGCUGCACCAUUCUGUUCAUGAUCCUCUACUUCUUCGGCAUGGCCAGCUCCGUCUGGUGGGUGAUCCUGUCCCUCACCUGGUUCCUGUCAGCCGGGAUGAAAUGGGGUCACGAGGCCCUUGAGGCCAACUCGCAGUACUUCCACCUGGUGGCCUGGGCAGUUCCGGCGGUGAAAACCAUCACCAUCCUGGCGACGGGGCAGGUGGACGGAGACCUGCUCACUGGUGUCUGCUACGUGGGAAUCUACAGCGUGGACGCCCUGCGGGGCUUCGUGCUGGCGCCGCUGUUCGUCUACCUCUUCAUCGGCACCUCCUUCCUGCUGGCGGGCUUCGUGUCGCUCUUUCGUAUCCGCACCAUCAUGAAGCACGACGGCACCAAGACGGAGAAGCUGGAGAAGUUGAUGGUGCGGAUUGGCGUAUUCAGCGUGCUGUACACUGUGCCCGCCACCAUCGUCAUCGCCUGCUACUUCUACGAGCAGGCGUUCCGGCCGCGGUGGGAGAGGACGUGGCACAUGCAGACGUGCAAGCGAUUUGCCGUGCCGUGCCCCGAUGGAAACUUCGCACCGGUGACGCCGGACUUCACCGUGUUCAUGAUCAAGUACCUGAUGACCAUGAUAGUGGGGAUCACGUCUGGCUUCUGGAUCUGGUCGGGCAAGACGCUGCAGUCGUGGCGCCGGUUUUACAAGAGACUGAGCAACAGCAACCAGGAAGAGACGACGGUGUAGUGCUGGUGGAGAAGAGCUGAAGUUACCCGGACUGAUGGAGGAACGUUUGAUCUUGAGCUUGACACUGAGCUUUUGACGGAGACUCUGAACAGACGGCGCCGAGUUCUGGAUCACAGUGAAGGACUCUGAGGAACUCUCUUCCACCUGCAGCGCUUUAAUGUUUCCUACACUGACUGAGCCUCUGCGUUCAGGUGACGCUUUAAUUAACAGGUCCCUGAAGGUGUCCUGGACAAGAAAUGUCAUUUGAGUCAUUAUUGAUGAAUUUAUUGAUUAUUUCUAGAUUAGUCUUUAAAGUGUUGAUGCAAGUUUCACUCAGUGGGCGACGUCUGACUCAAUUAAACCCAGUCAAGAAAAACAUUAAAUAUUCAAACCUUGUCUAAUUAUUCCUCCUUGACAAAUAGCAUCAGAUCUGAUUAGUACACUAAUAAUUAAUGUGUAACCUGUUGAGUCUUUUGAUCGACAUAAAUUCAACACGUGGAGAAAAUAGUUUCCAAUAACUAAUAAUUAAAGAAUCAAUAAAAAGCUCAUGGAGGCCUGACUGAGUCAGACCUGAACCACAUGUGGAUCUGAUUCAGUAUGAUUUCACUUCCUGAUGAUGUCAUCAUCUCUGAUGUCCCUCCACAAUAAAGCUCCAGAGAAACGGCGGCUGCAGACUUUCUGAUUGAGCUGCUGUGAAUGAGACUCACAUCUCACUGACUCAGUCCAUGGUAACUUCCUCUUAUUUAUUCACAUCCCCCAAAGCAUUAUGGGAACUGCUUAUAGCAUGCUACCAGUGGUUUUUAGUGAGUACACUGUAAAAUGUCCCGUAUAAAAAUCUCUCAAAAUAAUGACCAUCAGCUGCGAUUUUUUCAAUGAUAAUAAUGAUAAACAUAGUUUACAUUAAUCUGUAACAGUUAAAAUGUUAAAAUACAUUUAAAAAGAGGAGGGAAUUAAAUCAAAUUAAUUAGAAGCAGAAAUAAUGAAUAUAUUUUAUACAUAUAACAGCAAAAUCAGUGCAAUAUCAGUAUUGGCCUGAAAAUUUCUUUCCAGGAAUCUUUUGAGAUCAUUUACAGGAAAUGAUCAGUUUGUUAAAAUAAAGCGUUGGUGAAACUGUGUCUGUUCCUCUCCUUGUGUUUCCACCUGCUCAUUCAGGAAAGUGUUUGUCUUCAUGGUUUCUGCAGGUUCGAGUCUCUGCCUCAUUUAUAAAUCAUUUGUAAAUUUGUUCUGUAUUUAUGAGAAUUUGAAAAUCACCUUUUUCACCUUUAUGUUUUCUUUGUCUUUUAUUGAUGCUACACACCUUAUACUUGUACAGUUUUUCAGAAUAAAAGUUUUUUGAAAGUUG